GGCCCAGAGCCGCGCCCCGGGCCCCCUCCCUACACCCCUUGACCCCGGUCCGGGACGAGGAGCGGGGGAGGGGAGGAGCUCUGGCCCCGGAGCCCCUGUCUCGAGGAGGCGGGACAAGCCCCCGGAGCGGAGCCCACCGCGACCCCCGGGCCCUGCCUAGCCAGCCUCGAGAUUAUGUGAAUAAAACAACAUGUGAUUUACAAACACGAGGAUGCAUCUUUUGCUUGAAAAAUGUGAAGCAUGUUGCAAAAGCACUCAAGAAGUGGCUGAAGGGGAAAGGGAAGAGGUACCACUAGCAACCAGGGUAACAACAUGGGAAAUACAACCACCAAAUUCCGCAAAGCGCUUAUCAAUGGAGAUGAAAACUUGGCCUACCAAAUAUAUGAGAGCAACCCUCAGCUAAAAGAAUCUCUAGAUCCAAAUACAUCUUAUGGGGAGCCUUACCAGCACAAUACUCCAUUACACUAUGCUGCUAGACAUGGAAUGAACCGAAUAUUAGGGACCUUUCUUUUUGUUAGAGAUGGAAAUCCAAAUAAGCGGAAUGUGCACAAUGAAACAUCUAUGCACCUGUUGUGUAUGGGACCUCAAAUUAUGAUAUCUGAGGGAGCCCUUCAUCCUCGCUUGGCUCGGCCCUCUGAAGAUGAUUUCAGAAGAGCAGAUUGUCUCCGGAUGAUCUUAAAAUGGAAAGGAGCGAAGCUUGACCAAGGCGAAUAUGAAAGAGCAGCCAUUGAUGCUGUUGAUAACAAAAAAAAUACACCUUUGCACUAUGCCGCUGCCUCAGGGAUGAAAACCUGUGUAGAGCUUUUAGUAAAACAUGGUGGAGACUUGUUUGCUGAGAAUGAAAAUAAAGAUACUCCUUGUGACUGUGCUGAGAAGCAACACCACAAAGACCUGGCCCUCAAUCUUGAAUCUCAGAUGGUUUUCUCAAGGGAUCCAGAAGCUGAAGACAUAGAAGCUGAAUAUGCUGCUUUAGACAAAAGAGAGCCAUAUGAAGGAUUAAGACCACAGGAUCUUCGAAGACUAAAAGAUAUGCUGAUAGUAGAAUCUGCUGACAUGCUUCAGGCCCCAUUGUUCACUGCUGAGGCUUUACUCAGAGCUCAUGACUGGGACAGGGAAAAAUUACUUGAAGCAUGGAUGUCUAAUCCAGAGAAUUGCUGCCAACGUUCAGGUGUUCAAAUGCCAACCCCACCUCCAAGUGGGUACAAUGCCUGGGACACACUUCCUUCUCCUCGAACUCCAAGAACAACUCGCUCUUCUGUCACUUCUCCAGAUGAAAUUAGUUUAUCUCCUGGUGACCUGGAUACAGCUUUGUGUGACAUUUGUAUGUGCAAUAUUUCUGUGUUUGAAGACCCAGUGGAUAUGCCAUGUGGACAUGACUUUUGUCGAGCAUGUUGGGAAGCGUUUUUGAAUCUGAAAAUUCAAGAAGGUGAAGCCCAUAACAUUUUCUGCCCAGCCUAUGACUGCUUCCAGCUGGUACCAGUGGAUGUCAUCGAAAGUGUGGUUUCCAAGGAAAUGGACAAACGAUACCUACAAUUUGAUAUUAAGGCCUUUGUUGAAAAUAAUCCUGCAAUUAAAUGGUGUCCUACACCAGGCUGUGAGAGAGCUGUCAGACUAACAAAGCAGGGGUCAAAUACAUCUGGUUCUGACUCACUAAGCUUUCCAUUGCUGAGUGCUCCUGCUGUUGAUUGUGGAAAAGGACAUCUCUUCUGCUGGGAGUGCCUUGGUGAAGCACAUGAGCCUUGUGACUGCCAAACAUGGAAAAAUUGGCUACAGAAGAUAACAGAAAUGAAACCAGAAGAACUUGUGGGAGUUAGUGAGGCUUAUGAAGAUGCUGCCAAUUGUCUUUGGUUGUUAACCAACUCAAAGCCUUGUGCCAACUGUAAAUCUCCUAUACAGAAGAAUGAGGGUUGCAACCACAUGCAGUGUGCUAAGUGCAAAUAUGAUUUCUGCUGGAUUUGCCUGGAAGAAUGGAAGAAGCACAGCUCUUCCACUGGAGGCUAUUACAGAUGCACUCGGUAUGAAGUCAUUCAGCAUGUGGAAGAACAGUCCAAGGAAAUGACAGUGGAGGCUGAGAAGAAACACAGAAGGUUUCAGGAACUUGACAGAUUUAUGCAUUAUUAUACAAGAUUUAAAAAUCAUGAGCUCAGCUAUCAGUUAGAACAACGCCUUCGAAAAACAGCCAAAGAAAAGAUGGAACAGUUGAGUAGAGCUCUCAGUGGAACUGAUGGAGGCUGUCCAGACACCACUUUUAUCGAAGAUGCUGUGCAAGAGCUCCUAAAAACUCGACGCAUUCUCAAGUGUUCUUAUCCAUAUGGAUUCUUUUUGGAACCUAAAAGCACAAAGAAAGAAAUAUUUGAACUUAUGCAGACAGACCUAGAAAUGGUCACUGAAGACCUUGCGCAAAAAGUAAAUAGGCCUUAUCUUCGCACGCCUCGACACAAAAUCAUUCGGGCAGCGUGCCUUGUGCAGCAGAAGAGGCGAGAGUUCUUGGCGUCCGUAGCCAGAGGGGUUGCUCCUGCAGACUCACCAGAAGCACCAAGGCGCAGCUUUGCUGGUGGAACAUGGGAUUGGGAAUAUUUGGGAUUUGCAUCACCUGAGGAAUAUGCUGAAUUUCAGUAUCGGAGGAGACAUCGACAGCGGCGACGAGGAGACAUGCACAGUCUGCUCAGUAAUACUCCAGAUCCUGAGGAACCCAGUGAGAGCACUUUAGAUACACAAGAAGGAGGCAGCAGCAGCAGAAGACAUGGCGCCUCUCUGGUGAGCUCAGCCUCUCUGAGCGUUCUGCACAGCUCUUCUGUUCAUGACUACACCCCUGUGAGUCGCUCUGAGAACCAAGACUCGCUGCAGGCUCUGAGCUCCCUGGAUGAAGAUGAUCCAAACAUACUGCUUGCUAUACAAUUGUCUUUGCAAGAGUCUGGGCUGUCUCUUGAUGAGGAAACUAGAGACUUUUUACAUAACGAGGCAUCAUUAGGAGCUAUAGGAACUUCUCUCCCCACAAGGCUAGACACCAUCCCCAUGAACAUAGAUAACCCUAGGGCUGCUUUAAGCAGUUCAGAGCUGUUAGAACUUGGAGAAAGUGUCAUGAGACUGAGCACAGAAAACGACCCCCAUUCUGCUGAUGGCCUUAGUCCACACCCUCUCAAUGAUGCAAGAAGUGAAUUCUAUCCGACAUCUAGUGACCCCGACUCGGCCAACCAGGACUCCAGUCUGAACGAAAACCUCCUCGGCAAUAUCAUGGCUUGGUUUCAUGACAUGAACCCCCAGACUAUUGCCUUGAUUCCUUCUGCAACACCAGAAACCAGUGAGGAUUCCCAGCUGCCCUGUGCAGAAGGUGAGUCAGGAGGACCACUAGGCAUGAAAGGGACUGGGCAGGGGCCGCCCGCAGAGCAUGGCCUUUUGGAGAAUGUUGUCUUAAGUGAUGCCCAAGGGACCCAAAUGGAAGAAAGUCACCCCGAAGCAGUUAGAGAAGCAGGGUCUGCAGCUGGCCCAGGGGCUAGUGAAGCAGCCAGCCAUGUGGCUCCCGCAGAAGGUGUUCCAGGUCAGGCUGACAGAACCUCUGAAGAGUGGACUGAGCAAGUGCAUUUGGUGUGAACGCUGUGCAUCGCCUUGGGAACCCAGAGAGACUGUCGUUACCAAUGGGUGGGUACUUACUCUGGAGACUUCACCCACAUGGUUCCAGCUCAGUUGUAAACCACUGACAGGAUUGGAUCCAUUGACGUUCGUUCCAUCUGACAGACGUUCCCUUUUCAAUUUGAACCUUUCAAGGAAUUUCCUUUGCAUUUCAUUGGGUAGCAUUUUUCCUUUUUCUCUGCAGACAGAAGAGAGGAACAAAUAGGUUGUGUUCCACAUUCCCAAGAAAAUGCAGGCUCUGUUUAGCCAUAGGUUGGCAAAAUUAAAUUUGGAAGUAUAAAUUAAAGGCUUACUCUCUGAAUCUUUUGGUGGUUUUUCCUAAGAAAUAGUUUUUCUCCAUUUUAGAAGUUCUCUUUUGAGAAACCUAACAGUGUCUAGCCUUCAGUUUCUAAUUUUUGUGCUUUAUUGUAACAUCUUUGCAUUUUUUCUUUUGAUUUUAGACCAGCAGUGUGAAUUGAGAAUAUCUGCAGCUUCUCUUUAACGCUGCAUCUACAACAGUGUCAUGAGUUUUAUUUUCACAUAAAUCAAAGAUUUUUUUCAUGUCUAUUUACAGUCCAGAUGUGCCAAACUGACUAGUCGGCUGUCUAACCAGAGAGACAAGUGUCCAGUGGCCUUUAAGGCACUAGAGCAAUCUCAUGAUUCUUUGGAGUAAAAGGUGCCGAGGGGUAGCAGGGAUAUUUUGAAAUUCAGUGGGCUUUUAUUGCCAUGGAGACUGCAUUUAAAUAAAUGUAGCCUGUAGCUUAUGUUAACUAAACCUAAUGCUGCUGUUAAAAACAGUUUAUUUUAAUAUUAAAAUACAGUUAAUUAGCAACAGCGGUGCUGUAUUUUAAGAGACACUUUAAUGGAAGUGCAAUCAUAGUUCUUUGUUUUCACAAUUUUACAAUGCAUUCUACUUACUAAUGGGUGCAAUUACUUUUAAUGGUAAAUAUUUUAUAAAAUAGAGGGAAAAUGGCGUUUUCAUGAAUUAUAGUAAAUCCCACAGUUAUUUAAGGAAAAAAGUCACUAAGACAUCCUGCGCAACAUGUUACUGUGCCUUUGCCUAACCUAAGUGGAUAGUUGCCAGUUAAAUAAGUGAGUAAUUCAAAUUUCAGUGUGUGUUCUGGAGUAACUAUGCUAUGAAUUGCGAUGACCUCCAUAAAACCACCCAUGGCCUUGCCUUUACAGUAAAUAUAACAACUAAAUGUUCAUUCAGUUUGUUUGCCUAAAGAGCAAACGCUGAGAUGUAUUUGUUAAGUUGCACAAUAUUCAUUUGCUGUGUGAUUACUGUUUAGUGUUUUUUUAAAAAAAAAAUCAAACUUCCUAGUUAUCAGUGUCUUACUGUGAAGAAAAUAUUGGUCCUAGUGGUAAAUCAGAUAACAAUGGUACAGUAUGUAAUUACAACUAGAGUAAAUUGUUGGAAUGGCCAUUGUACUUACAUUUAAUCAAAACUAGCAUAACAUACGCAAAAUAGAAAGGCAGCACUCCAUUUUAUGUUCUGCUAGAUCAUUACCAGAGACUUAGAGAAAUCAGAUUUUCACUAUGGAAUCCAUACAGGCAAGCACCAGGCUGGGUAAAAGACUAUAUAAAUAUUGAUGAGUACCUGGAUGUAACUAUUAAGGCUUUUGAUUAUUGUUUCACUCAAACCCUGCUUUUGAAAUCUUUUUCCCCAAGACCCUGUGGGCAGGAUAUUCUAUUAGCUCUUAAAACAUUCCUCAGAUUUAAAGGAAUUUCCUAGCACCAACAAUAUGAGGACUAUUACUUUAUCAUAGAGAUGAUGACAAAUCCCCAUCGACACUAUUUCUCUUAAUAAAACAUCAAUGUUUAAAAUUAUUUUUGGGAAAAGAUUAAUUUUGUCUACAGUAUAAUAAUAUGUGAUGAUACUGAUGGUCCUGUUAAGGUGAUUGGGAAAAUAUCAGUUUUAUCUCUGGCAAAAUACUAGAAGAUAACCUGAAAUAGUCCAUUGAAAGAAUUUUUAUAGCUUUAUGUUGAACUGACAUUAGAUACCAAUAAUUUCUUUGAGUUGUAAUUUCUCACUAGAAGGUCACAAAGAUUCUCUGUUAUCACAUUGAGAUGUCUUGCAAAGCUGCAGUAGGAGGAUGGGUCAGCGGGCUCUCUGUGAAGUUUGAAAACAUCGCAGGUCCUGAGUCAUGUCUACCUUGUUUUUAGGUGGUUCGGUAUAGCCCUUGUUUCUGUGCUGUUCUAUCUAUCCUGAGCAUGAAAACUAUCACUCAAUUUGUAUUUUCUUGGUACACAUUUUAAAAACACCACAGUCACUGACUUAAUGAUUCAGAAAAAAAGUUUGGCAAAGCCUAUUUUGUAAACAAGUUAAUUUUAUAAUGUAAAAAUUACUCUAACCUUGAAUUGUUAUUUGCACUUUCAUAGUCUAUACUUGAUACAUUCCCACUUUAUAUACAGUAGGAUUCUACAAACAUGGAGAUGUUUGGCCAAAUGAAUGCUGUUAAUAAUAUGUCAAAUUCUUGGAUUAAACAUUUAUUACUUAAACUA